AUGGCAUGGAAAGAAUUCUGGAGCGAAGCUUUUAGAGUAGCUGUCUUUAUAAUAUAUCCGGCCUUGGAGCUUUACAUAUAUUUUGUUUUUGUUGGGCUCCUAUGCCUGGAAGACACCGAGUUUGAUUCUUGGACAGUCUUUGUUGUGUUUGUUGCAUACCAUGUAAUAGUGACUUACAAGGCAAUGUUCUACAUGAAGCUGUUCAUAAACGAGGGUGUGAGCACCUUAGAGAUAUUUCCGGAUGUUCCUCAAGAAGGAUACGAUCUUAAGAUGAAAGGGAUGAACAAGUUUGUGGAAGAAGAAGUGAUGAAGCAGAGCGUCACAAAGAUUAAGCUGUGUAGUAAAUGCAAAACAUACAAGCCGCCCCGAGCCCAUCAUUGUGGAACAUGUAAAAGAUGUUAUCUUAGAUAUGAUCAUCAUUGUGCGCUGCUAAAUACCUGCAUUGGAUUUCACAACUACAAGUUUUUCUACCAGUUCAUGGUUGUAAAUCUGAUAUCGGUUAUUUUUUUUAUAAUGACCAUAUCUAUUUAUAUGAUAGUACGCAGUCCUAAGACUGAAGUUCAUCGGGUGAAUUACAUAGUGUCAAUAACACUGCUGGGAAUCGAAUUCAUUUUUAAUUUGUCACUCCUGAUAUUCCACACAUGGCUCAUAGGACUGAAUGAGACAACAAUAGAACACUAUGCUCUCAAUGACUACAUCAAUGCAGACCAUUCAUUCAGUCAUAUAUUCCAAGAGGGCCCAAUGACAACAUUAACAGAUAUCACAGAUAGAAGGGUGUUAAAUCCUUACAACCUUAGCCUAAAGCAGAACUGGAAGCAGGUAUUUGGAAGUAACCCUAUAGACUGGGUUGCUCCUAGCUAUUCCACCCCUGGGAACGGAAUAUCGUUUCCAAAAAACUAUGAUGAAUACGAACUGCUUUAG